AUCCACUGCAGGCGGUGUCGCGUUACAACUACGACUACUUUGCGAUCGCAAAAUAAGAGUAAUGUUUAUGCCAAUGGAUGGAAAAUAAAUUAAUUAGCAUCUGUAUACACAGACAUGACUGUGAUAUAGUUGAAUCUGCGGUAAAUAUUUGGUCAAUCUUGAUAGUGCAGAGUAAAAUAAAUAAGUGACAGCUCGUCAAAUCGCUAGCUGCCCACUUCACAGACAGCAGCGCUUCCUUUUCUCACUGCCUCCACACACUUCUGCUCUUUACCCAACUUCGGUCCAGUAAUGACAGCUACUUUAGACGAAAGCGACAAGGAAAAGAUGCGCUCUGUGUCUGUUGACCUCAAUAAUGACACAUCUCUGCUUAUUGACAUUCCUGAUGCACUCUGUGAAAGAGACAAAGUCAAGUUUACGGUCCACACAAAGACUACACUUCAUAGUUUCCAGAAGCCAGAAGUCUCUGUUCCCCGGCAGCAUGAAGAUUUCAUUUGGUUACAUGACACGCUGGUGGAGACGGAAGACUACGCUGGCCUAAUAAUCCCACCAGCACCCCCAAAGCCUGACUUUGAAAGCCCAAGAGAGAAGAUGCACAAAUUGGGAGAAGGUGAAGCCACUAUGACCAAGGAAGAGUACACUAAAAUGAAGCAAGAGCUGGAAGCUGAGUACCUGGCUGUGUUCAAGAAAACUGUCCAAGUCCAUGAGGUUUUCUUGCAGAGACUCUCUUCUCAUCCCAUUCUAAGCAAAGACAGAAACUUUCAGAUUUUCCUCGAGUAUGACCAGGAUCUCAGUGUCAGAAGAAAGAAUGCCAAGGAGAUGUUUGGAGGAUUCUUUAAGAACAUGGUGAAGUCAGCUGAUGAAGUCCUUAUCUCAGGAAUAAAGGAAGUCGAUGACUUUUUUGAGCAGGAGAAGAUGUUCCUUCUCGACUAUUACAGCAAGAUUAAAGAUUCCACUGCCAAAGCAGAAAAAAUGACCCGCACGCACAAAAAUAUCGCAGAAGAUUACAUUCAGAUCUCAUCCACUCUGAAUGCUCUUUCAGCAGAAGAUAGCACAACUAAUAGGAAGCAUAUGGAGAAGCUCUCAGAUCUCUUUGAGAAGCUCAGAAAAGUGGAGGGAAGAGUAGCAUCUGAUCAAGAGCUCAAGCUCACCGAGUUGCUAAGAUAUUACAUGCGAGAUAUCCAGGCAGCAAAGGAUCUUCUCUACCGACGAGCUCGCGCAUUAGCUGACUAUGAGAACUCCAACAAGGCCUUAGAUAAGGCUCGACUGAAAAGCAAGGACAUUCCCCAGGCUGAGGAACACCAGCAGCUGUGUCUACAAAAAUUUGACAAGCUUUCUGAGUCUGGAAAGAAAGAGCUCACCAGUUUCAAAGGCAGGCGAGUUGUGGCAUUUAGAAAGAAUCUCAUUGAGAUGGCCGAACUGGAGAUUAAACAUGCCAAGAACAAUGUGACACUAUUGCAAGGCUGCAUUGAGCUGCUUAGGAACUGAGAGGAUGGCAAGUAUUCUUGACCUGCUUUCAAGUGACUGGUGGCAGCCAAUGAAAUCCCGAUGUCCCUUCCAUCUCACACAGAGCCAAGCCACAUCGUUGCUUCCACUCACCUAUCUGGUGCCUCUUAACCAACAGCUUUGUUAGCACGGUUUUCUUGUAUUUGCUCAGUCCACAGCCCAUACACCCCCACAAUAUAUGGAAGUCUAACCCAUAAUUUUUGACUCCACUGGUAAGGUCUAUCUUUUGUUUUUCUCGUAACAUCUUAUUUUCAUACUAUGCUCACAAUAGAAAACCCCAACUUUUUUGGUGUACUUUUCAGCACGAUACUUCUUAAUCUCCCCAGUGAGUUGAGUUUGCCACUCAUCACAGGCUCUAUACAUGAGAUUCUGCUUUACAAUACUUAAAAAGAUUUUCUAUUUCCAUUGAUACUCUCAUUCUUGUGUCUUUUGUGUUGGUAUCUGGUUUAAAGCAUCAGCACCAAAAGCCAAACAUUUAUUUUUUUGAAAUUACAUCACACAUCAAGCAACAAUUCUUAAUGAUGCACAUACAGUUUGACAAUAUCGAGAUUCAAUUAGUUGAGCUAAGACAAAUUAUGUAUAAGAACAAACGUAUGGUUUACCUUAUACUUUUGUGUGUACAAGUCACUCUAUCGCACUACCUCCUCAUCAAGUAUUAUCCCAUCGCCUUCCUCCCUACCUCCAAUUGACUGCCCUGCAUUCUUCUCCUUUCCAAUCUAUCUGGUAUGUUACUUUAUUCUGCCCUGAAUUGCCUAAAUUCUGAUCUGAUGUGUUACAAUAGGCUCACAAGUAUCAGAACAAUUACAAAUAUAAUGCACUAUGAUGACAAAAAAGUUUCACAAUCAUCACCAAGCACAGUGGUGUGUUUAAUACAAUAUAGUUUUCUAAAAGAAUGUAUUUCUGAUUCCAACAGUGUGAUUUCCUUUUUACUUUUCUUACACAACAAUAGCGUUUUAUAAAUUUGUAACAAUACUGAAUAAAUCCUACUUUCCCAUG